GAGAGAGAGAGAGAACGAGCGCGAGCGAUACGACUUGAUACGACAAUGGAAGCAGCCUCGAGCAGCCGGUAGAAGACGGCGAGGAGACAACGAACAGCACGAGGGAGGCUUUAUAAGAAGAAGAAGAAGAAAAACCCCAGAAAGAAACGGGAUUUAAAGGGGAGACUUCCUGUUUUAAAAUGGAGCAGUGAGAUCUGGAGGAAGGACAGAAACGAGGCUCGGUCUCCAUCACUGAGAGAGACAGCUCGAGAGAUCGAGGGAGAGAGAGAGAGAGAGAGAGAGAGAGGCGCGUCCACCUGCUACGAGCCGAGGCCCCGGAAAAAAAAGAAAACAUGGAGAAGUGGGUGCGCUGAAGACGGUGGGAAACGUUUAUCCGAACGGCCCGAGCUCUCAUUCAAUGCGGAGUGAUUGAAGCGAGUCAGAGGUGGGACAGUGGAGAUGAUGCACAAGUGGAGUAACACCCUCUCUCAUUGAUGGAUGUAUUAAAGAAGACCAGUCUCAUUGUGCCGGCUUUGAAUUCAAUGCAGACUAAUGCAUUGGACCAGACCGGAUCAUGUGAGCUGAAAGGUAAUCUAAAGCUGUAUGGUGCUGCAGAUAACUCCUUCCCCCUCUCCUCCUCGGUUGCCGUUUUGAGUGCCCAAAGAGGUGGUUCAGAUGGCCACAGAGUAGCUUUGGCAUUAAGAGAGUACUGUCUCCCAAGCCUACCUUCACCACAGACUCUAACUGAGACACCUGAGCAGCCCAUUGAUGAAUCCAGCAGUUGUGCCAUAUCCCUCACAGCUUGUGUUACCAAGGAUGUAAAUCCCUGGUCCCUGUCAGCGGACACUAAUAAACCGCUCCUCACCAUGAUGGAACCAAUGGGCAUAUCUGGGAUGACCGAGGACUGUCUAAUCCAGCAAAGUCGCACUUGCCUGGGCUGUAUCAUUGAGACCAAGGAUGCACUGGAUAAUGAGCCCAUUAUAAACCUAAAAAUGACUGACAUGAACCGUGAAUACGAUGCUUGCUCAAUUUCUACCAUGCAGUGCAUGGGACUCAAUGAAACAGGCAAUUGUUCCGAGCAGCUUCUAGCUGACCAGCUUUUAAGCUUUCCCAUGCCAAAAUCCCAGAUGGGAGAGAAAAAGAAUUUAGAUAAAACAGAAAAUGACCAAGAUCAGACAUCCAGAAAUAUGUAUGAAGGUUUAAUGCUGGACAAAUGCAAUGGAGAGGAUGGUCUGCUCCCCAGUUCCAACCAAGACUGGGGAUACAUCGAGUCAUUUAUCAGUGAGAGCAAAAUGGAGUUGCUAGACUUAUGCUCAAAAAAUGAGCUUUCAGUAAACCUUUUCUCAGAGGAGGAUGUGGAUAACUACAUGUUUGAUGACGAUGAUGAUUCUGCCCUGAGCAGUGACAUGUGCUCAUUGAAAAUCCGCUAUGAGUCUUUUCAGGACAAUAUGAGGGAAAAGACAAAUGUCCUACAGGAGGAAACACAAUUUAACUUUUUUCCCAGUGUCCUGGUAAAUGCCACAAAGACAGAGGGUAGUGUGGUAAAGAAGAGUGAAGAUGACCUCUUAGCUAAACCUGACGAACUUGCACUAGAAAAUGAACAUAAAGAAAACGGCAGUUAUAUUUCUUUAGAGAGGGCAUCUGAGUACAGUCCAAAAAUGAACUACUUUAUUGAUUCUAGCAACUCAACUGAAGACUCGGAGGACUAUAGCGAUGACAGCUCUAGCACUGGGUAUUCCUUUGACACUUUUAAUGAGAGCAAAGAGAGAAAUGUAUUUUCCCUAAAGAAUAUUUGCUCUUCCAACCCUCUAAACUAUGGAUUAAGAGCAAAAAGGAAAGUCAGGUACAGUGAUGACUACCUUUAUGAUGUUGACUCUAUUGAAAGUGAAAAAAACAAUGAAAAGCGUGAGCAGAUACCUUCUGGUCCAAGACAGGAAGAGGAUGAUGAUUGGUGCCCUAAAAAGAGAAGAAAAUCAUCCCGUAAAGAGCCACCGGUGAUAAUCAAAUAUAUUAUUAUCAACAGGUUCAAAGGAGAAAAAUACAUGUGUGUAAAGCUCUGCAAAACUGAUCCAACAGCCAUGACUGUAAGUUUAAAUGAGAACACAAUUAGUGAAUAUGAAAAACUAGCUCCUCUUAAGGAUGUCUGGCAGAAAAAACAGAGGGAACAUGAAGAACAGCUUAGACUGCACACAGCAGAUCAACACAAAUUUCAUCUUAAUGGACAGAAUCGACCGUUUAGGUCUAGCCCUCCCAAACGGAAACACAAGCUAGCAAACAGACUUAGGAUUCAGAGAAUUCAAGCUGUGCUACAAUCACCCCACAAGCAUGGCUUCUCUUACUCUGAUCUGAGACAGGAUUCUGGCUCUAAAGAAGAGACAGCCCCCACAGUACAAUCAUUACCAAUAUCAGACCCAAGUUGUUCAAGUACAUUAGACCCAGAUGACAUUAUACACACUGUUACCCCAAAGAGCAGAUCACAGGAGAGAGAGGAGAGAAGAAUAGGAAAUAAAAUGGUCAAAAUUCGUAAAUUUAAAAGUGAAGCAAGGCUCAGAAUAGAGAAAAUGAAGAAAUUUGAAGAGAACAGAGAAAGCCAGACAAACAAGACUGAUACUGUGACAGAAAAUAAGGACACUGUAGGGGGUGGAAAUGAAACUGAGAUCAACUCUGCUGCACACAGUCCUCAGAGUCAAACAGCUGAGACCACUGAAAAAAUAGUUUUCAUGUCUAACACCUGCUCCUAUAACAAAGCUACAUCAUCUGAUGAUGUGGCAACAGGUAUGUCUGUUAUCCCUGGAGGCUAUUUGCAGACAUUGUUGGAAGCCUCAGACUCCUUGGGUGGUUCUGGUGGCUCUUUUUUUUCUCAGCAGAACCCCAGGCAGCAAUCUCUGGGUCUCUCUUUGGAAGAGCAGCAAUUUGCUAGUCUUCAGCUAGCCCAAAGCUGUGUACUCUCCCCACCCUCUGAAUCAGAGCUCCAGCAGUCUCCUCAGAACUGCCCCAGUCUCACCCAAAUGUGGCACACCCAGCUUGACCCGAAUCAGCAAUUCACUACUGAUAUCCCUGAGACAACAGUCUUGCCUAACAACUUCCCUAAUCCCAUGCCUUUGCCAAUCUCAGAGAACCUUACAGUUACAGGGUACAGUCAGUUGGGGCUGGAUACUAACAGAAUGCUUUAUGAAAAAAAUUACAUGCCUGAGCAGGCACUGCCACCUGAUUCAGAUUUUCAAGCAUGUCAGGUUCCCAGUAUGGAAGGCCAGCUACAGUUUCAAAGAGGGACACUGCACAGUGACAAUGGAAGGCUCAUCAGUUUCGACUCGGUUGGCUCGUUGUCAGCUACAUCCAGUAAUUACAGCUCUCUAAGUCUCAAGUCUUGUGAGAAAGAUAGCGAGAAUGAUGUGAACGAGAACUUUCUGGCCCACUGUAGUCCCAAACUGGUGAUUCAGCAGAGCAUUGAUGCAAUCACCCCACUAAGGGAGUCAACGGACUUACUAGAUAUCUCAAACUUCACUCCUGAUAAAUUCAGACAUGCAUCACUGUCAGAGCUCUCACCUCCUGAAACACCUAACUUGUCCCCGCAGGUCACAUGGCGAGAGUUGAAGCGAUUAGGAAAUCCCAAAGUUAUCCAGAAUGGGUCUGAGAUUACAAUGGAGGGUGCUCAAGAGGUGAAAUGGAAUUGCAACACGGUAGAACACCAAGAACACCUGGCUGGAUUUGCAGUAGAUAAUCACAAGUAUCAGUUGCACAGUUCUAAUAAUGACAACCAUGUAAGCCUGGAAACUAAGUCCAAGAAUGAAACUGAUUUUGAUGAGCAAGGGGCUGACAUGAUCAGUGGCAAAAAAGGCUCAAAGAAGAAAAGCAGCAACAAGCAAAAUUCAGGACAAAAUGGUAAAAAAAGCAAAGCAACCAAACCAAAAGCUGCAAAGGGAGAGAAGGUCAAGACCCCACGACAGAAUUCACGUGCAUCCAAAAAACUAAAAGCCUUACUGGAUGAAAAGACUAAAGGCCAGAAUGGGGAUUCAAAGUGUAUGACACACCAGCUGACAGAUAGCAGCUCUGAGGACUGGCCAGGAAUGGGCUGGUCAGAGGCCAACAGUUGCACGGAUGACCAGCGAGAGUUUGAAGAGCCAUCCAACAUCCUUUCUAACAUAGUGUCAGGGAUGGCUGAAGUGCAGCGUUUCAUGAUGACCUCAAUUGAGCCAAUAUGGGGCCCUGCAACAGACAUGUGUUUACCCUCAGAGGCAAAUAGUCUAAAGCUGAAGACUCUCAAAAUCCUGGCAGGAACCUCGUCAGAGCCCAGGAAAAAAGGUGCUGUGUCUGCUGAAGGUACAAAAGGCAAGAAAGGAGGGGGGAAAUGUGGAAAAAAUCAAGCAAAGUUCAAUGCCUCUCAUCCACUUUUACCCCAGUUAGCUUUGGGCUGUAACAUGUUCGAUAAGUCUAAUCUUGGGGUACCAGGCAUAAAUGGACCUGCACACAAAAAGAUGUAUCGUCACAAAACCAGCGCAAAAUUCCCUCGGAUCGAAAACCUUAAAGGCAAGAGGGCUGACCCAAAUAAGGACAUAGCAUUGAUGACCUCAUUUGAAAAACUGAGGAGUAUUACUGGAACUUAUCUUAGAGGGACAUUUCUAAGCCAUGGAAACUCACUUUUUUGGGUGACCCUGUACAGAAAUGCACUAUUUAAUGACGACAUGAAUUCUAAAGAUCAAUGUGCCAAAUGUAAUAUCUGUGCAAAUUUAUUAUCAUUAUAAACACUGGCUGUUGAAUUUACUUUUCACGAGAAUUUUGGGCGCACCCUUUCAAGACUGUGAGUUAACAUUCCAGAUUAUUCUUUUUUUCUUUUUGGGAUCCUAUAUUGUGAAGAGCACCUGCAGCUGACAGUGGUACAUGGCCACUCACGUAACCAAAACAAGACUGAACUAUCCUCUUUUUUUCCACUGACUUGCCAAAAUAAAUUUACCUCAGCAUUAUGUGGCUUUUGAAAAUAAAGACAAACAAGGAAUGAUGAAAAGCACAGAAGAUAUGGACACUGUCACUUCUAGUUAGACAAGGACACCACACUGAUAUUAAAGGAUGAGCAUGGUAAUGAAUGAAAUUUAUGGGAAUGCAUGGUUGUAGCUAUUUAAGGGAGUGCUUAAUUUAUAAGGAAUAUUUUGGGAAAAAUUCAAGUUUCUUCAUGCCUUUAAUGCAGGUUAAGAAAUCUCUAUGAAAAUCUAACUGAAUGAUUAAAAUAUUUGGUAUUUAGAUUCUGUUUCAGAAACUACCUAGCUAACAAACUUAAUAUGAAAGCUUAUAAGCAUUGAUUAAUGAAGAUUCUGCAGCCAUCCAUUUAUUACAUUCCAGUUAUCUUCAGAUAAAAACUUAAUUUUCACAUAAUCAUGUGGUAGAAAAUUGUUCUGUCGAGACAAUAAACUUAUCAGUCAGACUUUCUUAAAAAUCUUUAGCUCAAAUGGUGGUACAAUAGCAUAGUGGCUAGCUUUGCUGCUACACAACCCAAAGGUCCUGGGGUUAUGUCUGUGCAUGAGUUACUGUCUGUGUGGGUUUACUGAUUUUCAAUAACAUGCAGGUAGGCAGAUUGGUGAUACUAAAUUGCUCCAAGGUGUGAAUGUGCAUGCAUGGGUCCCUGUAUCUUUUUAUUAUAUUGUUGAACAAAACAAGCUGUUUUAUAUCCAGUUAACCUACAAAACUGAAAGCUAGCAGUGACUGGUUGAAAAUACAAUUUGAUCUUUAUUUUAAAAUGCAUACUUAUUUUAUUUCAGGUAAUAAAGUGAAAGAGUAUUAUUUAGAAGACAGUAUUAGUUGAAAUGUGUGAGGACAUGUUUUUUGCCCUAAUUUGUUGAUAGUUGGUGGUAUUUGAAGAUUAUUAACUUCUACCACAAGUUGGAUUUGUUUGUAAGACUUUUAAGGUCACCGCAACCAUGUAUUUGAAAUUAGGAAAUCAAGAUGUUUAACAAAACAUAUUGCAAACAUCUAGGAAUUACAGUGUUUUUUUUAUACUCUUUCCAUUUUUACAGACUCAAAAGCAAUUGGACAAAGUAACAAUUUUAAAUACGUGAGACCAAAUCAUUUGCAUUCUUUGACAAACUGAAGUUUGGAAACCAUGGACAUCACCAAAUUGAAUUGCUUUGGCAUGUCUUUACUGCAGUUGCCUUUAGUUGCUGCUUGUUUGUGUCUCUUUCUGCCUUCAGCUGUGUUUUCAGUAAACAGAAAGCAUGUCCAAUUGGGUUGAGGUCAGAUGUCUGUGUCAGCCAUUUGAGAGCAUUCCUUUUGUUCACCUUAAGAAACUCUUGGGUUCACAGUAUGCUUUGGGUCUUUAUUUAUCUUUACUGAAUCUAAGCAGAAAUUAUAGCUCUAUACGCUUCAGACUUCAUCAUCAAAAACACCAGUGACCCAGUUCCAUGGGCAGCAAUACAAGCCCAUGCCAUAACACUGCCUCCGUGUUUGACAGAUAAAAAUAGUGCCCUUGAGCCCUUCAUUUCCUUUCUUCAAUGUUCUCUCUUUACAUAAUUCUAAUAAUCUUGAUUAUAUCUGUCCAAAGAAUUAUUUAAGAACUGAACAGGUUUCUUUUAAUAGAUGUUUUAUAGCAAAGACUAAUCUGAACUUUCUGUUCAUGAGUGUUGCAGCAACACUACUUUGGACCAUAUAAAGAAAAUUGGAAUGAACUUACUUGGAAUGAAAUAACAAACUUCAUAUCAUCAAGUGUCCAAUUACUCUUAAGUAAAUAAUUGGAGGGACUGUGAAAUAAAAUUGCUGUAAUUCCUAACUGGUUACAAUAUUGAAUAUAUAAUGCAAUAUUUUGUGAAAUGCCUUGAAUGCAAGCUGAAAGUUUGCAUGAACUGAAAGUCCAAGUGAAACCCUCUGUACAUUUAAAAUUUGUGGAUCUUAAAUGUCUUACAAACCUCAAAUGCACCUGGUAGUGGAAUACAAUGGUGUCCAAAUACUUCUAUGAUUGUGAGUGUAUGAGAUUUCUCCCCACAUUGCGUUUAACAUAUCGAACACAUUAACCGGUGAAAUAAUGUCAACAUUCAGUAAUUAACUUGGUCAUGAUCAUCCAUAUAUAUUGUACAUAAACAGAUACACAUGCACUUGUACCUAAUAUAUUUAGCCAUUACAGUUUUUUUCUGGUGAUUACUGAAGUACAGUGCAUUUACUACCUGCAUGUUGUAUAUGUGAAUGGGAAAAUUGUUCAGUUCGUAUAUCAUGUGGCUUGGUCUGGAAAUUCAGCUGUGAAGGUUCUGAUCAUAAAUGCUGAAAACAGGUCACACUUGUUAACAUCUAUGAAGGUCAAGAAAUUUACUCUGCAUAGGAAAUGCUGCAUUUGGUAAUUUAGUUUAGCUCUACAUAUGUACAGACCUAUUCAGUCAUUUGUAAAUUGGGGAAAGUAUGGAAUCAAACACUGACCUUGAAUUUUCUGUUUACCAUUCACCAGCCACUUUAAUAGGAAUGCAUGUAUUCUUGCACGUCCAUGCAGUUAUGCAGUCAGUUGUUGCAGCAGCACAAUGCAUAAAAUCAUACAGCUCAAGAGCUUCAUUUACUGUUCACAUAAUACAAAAUCCCAGGGGAUUCUGCAGUAUCUGAAAUAUCAGGCACCAAAAAGCCACAAAGUCACUAAGAUCACAUUUUUAACCAUUCUGAUGUUUUUGAAGCUUUUGACUUCUUCAUAUUUGAAUGCAUUGCACUGCUAUCACAUGAUUGGACAAUGACAUGAAUGUUAUUAAAGUUGCUGGUAAAUAUAUGUGCAUGUUGUAUUUAUUCUCAUUUGAUUGAAAAAAUGAAUAUUAUAGAAAAUAUUAAGAAGGACAAUUGACAUGGAAAAUGCCUUAAUGGUUAAAAGUAUGUUCACUCAUUACUGCAACAUUUCAACAUAACAGUUUUUUUGCUCAGUUUUGCUCUGUGUCCUUUAGCCUCUCUUCAUUCUGUUAAGCAUGCCAUAAUUAGGGACCAGGACAUGCUGGUGGUAGAAAAAAAACUGCACAUGGGCUGUCAUGCCCUCUUGCCUGCCUUCUUUCAUUUCUGCCUAUUUUCAAUUGAAUGUACUUCUUUGAGAUUUACAGUGUGCCACUGUUAAGCUGCCUCUUCUUACUGGUGCUAAGAAAGCAAAAGUUCUCCUCCCUAAUAUGACUAUAUCGUAAUAUAUAUAGUUAUAAACAAAUGAAAACCCUAAUCCUCUCUUUAUGAAUGUAUAAUAUAUGGUUAUGUUUGAUGUAUCCACACCAUUAAUUAUUUGACGUUAAUUGGAUUACUUUUGAAAAAAAUUAUUGAGCUUUAUAAAUAUUGUCUAGAGCUGAUAUCAGAGGGAUUCUUAACAAACUCUUGACACAACAAAAAACACUGUAUAUUUUUCUCUGUGCCAAUUUGUAACAUAUUUUGUAAGUGUAUAUUUUUCUUAGAAAGUGCUGUGAAGUAUUAGUAUGUGUGAGUAACCUUUUUUGUGCCUAUGCAGGCAGUGAAAAGGAUGAAUAAUACAAAAUUUUCUGGUUUUAAAAACCAAAAUGUCAAGUAACCUAAAAAAAAUAAAAAAUCGACAUUUUUGUUGGGAGUUUUGUACAACAAAAUUGAACUUGUUGUGGGAGUAUUGUGUUAUUGUGAAAAACACAAAUACAUAACUGAAGAAAAAUGAAGACGAAAUCUAAUUUGUGAACUACUUGCUGUUUUAUAGAUUUUUUCAUGUAAAUUAUUCUAGUAUUUUUUGGUUUAUGUUGUAACUGUUGCAAAAGUUUUAAAUAUUUGUGAACCCGCCUGUAUGGUGACAAUGUAAUAUUGGUAACUUGCUGAGUUUUGUAAUAAUGUUUAUGGAGUAAAUAUACAAAUUAAAAUGAGAUUUUGAAUGCUG